UUACUUUCGGUAAAAACGCGCUACACGCUACACGCUGCAGAGCUUUGUGACAAGUCUCCAUUUAAUCUCUCAAAAAAUGAAGCCUCUCUUGUUUUUUGCGGUUGUCUGCGCUUUCUACAUCAGUGUACAGGCAAAAUCGUCCCCUCCAAAAGUCCAGGUGUACAGCUAUAGCCCUGGCGAGUUUGACAAAGAAAACGUCCUGAUCUGCCAUGUCAGUGACUUCCACCCUGCAGACAUCGAAAUUGACCUUCUAAAGAAUGGCAUUGUGAUCCCUAAUGCCAACCAGACAGACUUGUCCUUCAGCCAGGGUUGGAAGUUCUACCUUACCAAGAGCGUGCCCUUCAAACCAAAAAAGAGCGAUGAUUACUGCUGCAAAGUGAAACAUAUGAGUGAGGCGAAGAAGUAUAUGUGGGAGCCCGAUAUGUGAAACUGAAGGGGAAUGACAAAAGGACCUUGUUAUACACUUCUAUGAUUCUAAUAGAAAUGACCCUCAUGUACCACAUGACAUGAUGCGCCUGAGGCGCCGCCUUAUGUGUUGGACAGGUCUUUCUGUUUCUCUUCUUAACUGAUUAUUGUCAAUUGCUGCAGAUAGUUUGUGUUUUGAAAACAAAUCUUUUAAAGAUAUAGUUUGGCUUUACCUUUAUCAUUCCAUUAUAUAAAUGUACAAUAGGGAUGGAAAUCUUUUAUAUUCUUCACACCAGGGUGUAAAAAUAAUGUAUUUGAUGCAACACUUGAAACAAUGCACAAUGCACUGUAUAAUAUAAACUCUUAUAAAUUAAAUGUAGAGCUGUUGCAUUCUUUAAACAGAAUGAUGUUUUCUACCAAUCCUUUGAAGCCUGCUUUAUGGUGAUAUGAUGAUUUGGCUCUGUUUUUGAGAUUGUGUAGUAGAGGCUGAUCUGAUGUUUGUACAUUAAAAAUUCUUAAAAAUAAA